AUGAUGAAUGACGCCAACGGGGGGGGUGCCGUCACCCUUCCGGAAGCACCCAAGUACAUCCUUGGGCUGGAAGGGAGUGCGAACAAAUUGGGUGUGAGUAUCAUAAAUAGCGACAUGCAAAUUCUGGUAAACAUGAGAAGAACAUAUGUCUCUGAAAUUGGCUGUGGAUUUAUCCCGAGGCAAAUUAAUGCGCACCACAAGUACUACAUCAUCGAGAUGAUUAAAGAUUGUCUCAAUAAAUUGAAGAUAAGGAUGACAGACAUAUAUUUAAUAUGCUACACGAAAGGUCCAGGAAUAGGAUCCGCCCUGUACAUUGCCUACAACAUAAGCAAAUUUUUUUCUCUCCUAUUUAAUAUUCCUGUUAUUGGAGUCAACCACUGUAUUGCCCAUAUCGAAAUGGGUAUUUUCAUAACCAAGCUUUAUCACCCCAUCAUUUUAUACGUCAGUGGAAGCAACACACAAAUUAUUUACUUCAACAAUCAUAAGAAGAGGUACGAAAUUAUCGGGGAGACUUUGGACAUAGCCAUUGGAAAUGUCAUAGACAGAUCUGCCAGGAUUCUCAGAAUUUCCAAUUCUCCUUCGCCUGGAUAUAAUGUGGAAAUUUUGGCUAGGAAGAAAUAUCUGCUAAAUUUGGAAAAAAAAAAAAAAAAAAAAAAAAAAAAAAAUGGCUCGAUAGUUGUUUCAGUUGUGGGCGAGGAUGCAACAACUGGGGAACUACAUAGUGGCCUUGUUCCGGAGAAGGAACAGAAGGACACCAUCCCUCCGGCGAAUAACCAGACAAAUAAUUCAAACGGGACAAGUAGGUCCAAUGCACCAAUGAGGGGGGACCCGUGUGACUACACGGAACUGCUCUUCUUCCCCUACACCAUAAAAGGGAUGGACAUCUCGUUCAGCGGGUACGACUAUUACGUGAGUAAAUAUUUCUCCAAGUACAUAACCAAGCGAGGCAAAAAGGGUAAGGGCGGUGAUGGGGGGAAGGCACCACUGGACGAUAAGAACGCUCCGAAAAGGAAGAAGCGGCAAGGCAGGGAGGAUGCGAACGACCUCAAGGAAGAGAAAGAUGAUGAUGGAGAGGGUGACUCAGACGGAGGAUGCGCAAGCGGAGGCGGCGCAAAUGAUAGCAACGGAAAUGAUGGUCCUCCGAAUGAUGGCACUGCGCCCGGCGGCACGCAACACUUUCCACAGCCCAACUUGAGCAUUCACACAGGUGUGCAGGGUAGCUCUUACUACGAAGAGAAUGUCAUCUGUAGUAUCAGCGGGAAGAAGAACUACGGAGAAGGCGAUCAUUACGCGGAGGAAGAAGACGGCGCUAUCGAGACGGAGAGCGACUUUUUUGACUCCAGUUCGGAUGAAGGCGCAGCGGAGGGGGGCAAAAAUGAGGGAGACCUUAGGAACCCCCCCAGUCAAACACAACCACACAAUGGAACCCACCUAACAGAUGAAGAAAAGCGGAAAAUACAAAUCUGCUACAGUUUGCAACACCACAUAUUUAGUAUGCUCAUCGAAAUCACCGAACGAGCUAUCGCCUUCACGAAUAGCAAGGAGGUCAUCAUCGUGGGGGGAGUUGGAUGCAACGUUUUCCUACAGAACAUGAUGAAGAAAAUGGCAAAACAGAAAAAUAUCAAAAUUGGAUUUAUGGAUCACAGCUAUUGUGUUGACAACGGUGCCAUGAUUGCCUACACCGGGUACCUUGAAUACUUGAACAGCAAAAAUAGGGAAAUCUACAACUUCAAUAAUAUAAGUAUCCACCAGAGGUACCGCACAGACGACGUGCUCGUGACGUGGAGGUAG